AUGGCGGCGGCGGCGGCGGGCGGCGGCGCGGCGGGGGGGGCCCCGGGCCGGCUGGCGGUGGACGCCAUCGCGGCGCAGCUGCUGCGGGACCAGUACGUGCUGACGGCGCUGGAGCUGCACACCGAGCUGCUGGAGAGCGGCCGGGAGCUGCCGCGCCUCCGGGACUACUUCUCCAACCCGGGCAACUUCGAGCGCCAGAGCGCCGCCGGACCCCAGGCCCCGCCCGUCCUGCCCGCCCUGCCCGCGCACGCCGCGCAGCCCCCGCAGCCCGCGCUCCCGCACCCCCGGGACCCCGCCGCCAACGCCGCCGCACCGCACCUCAAUAGAACUGGAAGCAUCAGUACCCUUGAUUCCUUAGACUUUGCAAGAUAUUCGGAUGAUGGAAACAGGGAGACCGAUGAGAGAGUGGCUGUCCUGGAGUUUGAACUACGGAAAGCCAAGGAGACCAUUCAGGCCCUCCGAGCCAAUCUGACACAGGCUGCAGAAAAUGAAGUUCCUUUACAGGAACGAAAAAAUUACAAAUCGAGUCCUGAAAUUCAGGAGCAAAUCAAACCUCUUGAAAAAAGAGCUCUAAACUUCCUAGUGAAUGAAUUUUUAUUGAAGAAUAAUUACAAACUCACGUCAAUAACUUUUUCCGACGAGAACGAUGACCAGGAUUUUGAAUUGUGGGAUGAUGUAGGAUUGAACAUUCCUAAGCCUCCAGACUUGCUCCAACUCUACCGCGACUUUGGAAAUCAUCAAGUAUCUGUGAAAGAUCUUGUAGAUGUGGCAAGUGGGGUGGAAGAAGACGAAUUGGAGGCCGUCACUCCGGGUCUGGGCAGCGGCAGCAUCCCUGUGUUGGAAUCCCCUCAGUCUGUAGAGAAUUGUUUGCUGGUGCAGAAAUUAGAAGAUAAAAUCAGCUUACUAAACAGUGAGAAAUGGUCUUUAAUGGAACAAAUCAGAAGACUUGAGAGUGAAAUGGAUUUCCUCAAAAGUGAAAAUGUUCCUCUUCCAAUGGCUUAUGACUCAGUUUCACACUCAGUGGACCAAGUGUGUCUCAAAGUCUCCGAAGAAAACGGCCAGAACCUAGAUGUGAAGAAUUCAGGGAGUAGAAGUAAAAAUGGGAAAACUGAGGAUAUUCAUCUCUCCGUACCUGAAGAAGCUAAUUCUGGUUCACCUAAAGAGGAAGCUCAAAAUUCCCUUCCCCAGAAAGAAAGGGAAAGAAUGUCGUCUUGUUCUCCGUCGCACAAGGAAGCGGUUCACUUUAAUAAACCCAAUAGGAAGUUGUCACCCGCUUUCCACCAAGCACUGCUCUCUUUUUGUCGGAUGUCAGCCGAAAGUCGUUUGGGAUCAGAGGUGUCCCGGAUUGCAGACAGUGAAAAAAGUGUCAUGUUAAUGUUGGGACGUUGCCUUCCACACAUCGUUCCUAAUGUGCUGCUUGCAAAGAGAGAGGAAUUGAUCCCGCUCAUCCUGUGUACGGCCUGCCUCCAUCCUGAGCCCAAGGAGAGGGAUCAGCUCCUGCACAUCCUGUUCAAUUUGAUCAAGCGGCCAGAUGACGAACAGAGACAGAUGAUACUGACCGGUUGUGUGGCAUUUGCCCGUCACGUUGGACCAACUCGCGUAGAAGCUGAGCUCCUACCACAGUGCUGGGAACAGAUCAAUCACAAGUACCCAGAACGCCGGCUCCUGGUGGCCGAGUCCUGCGGCGCAUUAGCCCCCUACCUGCCGAAAGAAAUCCGGAGCUCCCUGGUCCUGUCCAUGCUCCAGCAGAUGCUAAUGGAAGACAAGGCGGAUUUGGUGCGAGAAGCUGUGAUUAAAAGCCUGGGCGUUAUCAUGGGCUACAUUGACGAUCCAGACAAGUACCAACAGGGUUUUGAGCUGCUCCUCUCAGCGCUGGGUGAUCCUUCCGAGAGAGUCGUCAGUGCCACCCACCAGGUGUUCUUGCCCGCCUACGCUGCCUGGACCACUGAACUUGGAAACUUACACUCCCACCUUAUUCCUACACUACUAGGCAAGAUUGAAAAGCUUCUCAGGGAAGGAGAGCCCGGGCUGGACGAACACAAACUCCACAUGUACCUGUCUGCCUUGCAGUCCCUGAUUCCCGCACUCUUUGCUUUGGUGCUCCAGAAUGCGCCCUUCUCUGGCAAAGCCAAGCUCCACGGUGACGGACCCCAUAUAGAAGUGACUAGAUUCCCUCGGCCAGUUUCGCCUCUUCAGGACGUGUCCACCAUCAUUGGGAGCCGCGAGCAACUGGCCAUGCUGCUGCAGCUUUAUGAGUACCAGCUGGAGCAUGAGGGUACCACAGGCUGGGAGAGUUUACUCUGGGUCGUCAAUCAACUGUUACCACAGCUUAUAGAGAUAGUCAGCAAAAUUAAUGUUGCUUCUACUGCCUGCGUCCACGAGUUCUCCAGGUUUUUUUGGCGCCUCUGCCGGACGUUUGGGAAAAUUUUUACAAACACUAAGGUAAAACCGCAAUUUCAGGAAAUUUUAAGACUGUCUGAAGAAAACAUUGAUUCCUCAGCAGGUAAUGGGGUGUUGACUAAGGCCACAGUCCCCAUCUAUGCCACAGGAGUCCUAACAUGCUAUAUUCAGGAAGAGGACCGCAAACUCUUAGUUGGAUUCUUGGAAGACGUAAUGACAUUGCUCUCGCUCUCUCAUGCUCCCCUUGACAGCCUGAAGGCUUCAUUUGUGGAACUCGGGGCAAACCCGGCCUACCACGAGCUGCUGCUGACCGUCCUGUGGUACGGUGUCGUCCACACCUCGGCUCUCGUCCGGUGCACGGCCGCCCGGAUGUUUGAGCUGUUGGUGAAGGGGGUGAAUGAAACCCUGGUAGCUCAGAGAGUUGUUCCUGCUCUCAUUACUCUCUCCAGUGAUCCUGAAAUCUCCGUCCGGAUCGCCACAAUCCCCGCUUUUGGAACCAUCAUGGAAACGGUGACUCAGAGGGAGUUACUGGAAAGGGUGAAAAUGCAGUUGGCUUCUUUCUUGGAAGAUCCCCAGUACCAAGAUCAACACUCUUUGCAUACGGAGAUCAUAAAAACAUUUGGAAGAGUCGGCCCUAAUGCAGAGCCUAGAUUCAGAGAUGAAUUUGUCAUCCCUCACUUGCACAAGUUAGCCUUGGCCAACAACCUGCAGUCGGUGGACUCCAAAAGACUGGAUAUUGCUACUCAUCUCUUUGAAGCCUACAGUGCACUUUCCUGUUGUUUUAUUUCGGAAGAUUUAAUGGUUAAUCACUUCUUGCCCGGGCUCCGAUGUCUGCGAACGGACAUGGAGCAUCUCUCUCCAGAACAUGAGGUGAUUUUAAGUUCCAUGAUAAAGGAGUGUGAACUGAAGGUAGAGAACAAGACUGUCCAAGAACCGCCCGGGUCAAUGUCGAUCGCUGCAAGUCUAGUGAGCGAGGAUACGAAGACCAAGUUUUUGAAUAAAAUGGGUCAGCUGACCACAUCGGGUGCCAUGCUGGCCAACGUGUUUCAGAGGAAGAAGUGACGGCCGGCGUGGGAAGGCGGUGGCCCCCGGGAAACACCGAGACGGAGACCUCGAGGGGACGGGCUCCCCGCGCUGGAAGUACUUGCCUUUCUAGUCCCCGUUUUACGUUCUGGCAGUUUGAUUUUAUUCUAACCUCCAAAGAUAUUUGCACUGCUUCUGACUCUUGCUGUGUGUGUUCAUAUUGGGGUUAUUACCGUGGUUGCUAGAAAACUGAAUUCUUAGUCUGUACCAAGUCUCUCUGUUCUGUGUUCUUGUCUUUCAGCAUCAUUUUUUUAUAUAGUGAAAAGUAUUUUUUUUAUUUCUGAUAUGGGAUAUCAGCAAAUAUCUGUAAUAUACAUUGAGCUAUUACGAUGGUACUUAAGAGAAUGUAAAUUUCAAGUCCUGGUCAUGAAGUAAUAAAAGUGGAGAUUACUUAUGUAUUUAAAUUAUGAAAGGAUAAUGCAGACUUUUUAUUGUUUCUCUACUGACUAGAAAGAGCCACCAGCAUUACUCUGUGCCUUUUGGACUCGAGUUUGGGAAUGCCGUAGGAAUGGUGUGCAUUCCACUCCAUUCAGCCAGCAUUCCCUCCGAUGCCGUAGGGAAUCUGAAGCCGAGAGGAGGGGAGGGCGGGCAGCGUCUUGGAGCUUUUUUUAGCACUGCUUUUCCAGUGCCAAACCGAGCACUCCAAGCGUGCGGGGGUGAAUUUGUCCAGAUGCCGCUGGGCUCCCGUGAAACACAGAAAGAACGUUGAUCCGGAGCCGGGCAGAGGCGAGUUGGCGUCGGCCUCGGGUGCCUCAGUGGAGCCAAAAUGUGGCAGAAACUCUCCUCGAGAAGUCAGAAUUGGCCUUCCUUCAUUCAAAAACCAUUUUCUUUCAUCAUUCCCAAAUAGCAGUUACUUAAACGAUGUUAUUUUGAGUGGUAGAUUGAAUUAACCGUUUUUAAAAAACUAGUCGGGUGUUUGGAGAUCUUUUCCUUUUUUCAGAGUAGAGCGCGUCCAAACGCUUCCCGUUAACGGGCAAGUUCAUCGGCAUUGCGUUUUUGGCUUUUGCCCGCGGGUUGUCGGACGUGGAUGAUGGGCGCGGCCGGUCUGCGGCCGGUGCCCGGGGGACCGUGGGGACGGUCUUUGUACAGACCGUUGGGAUUUGGAGUGUGAGAUGGUGUGUGAGAGAGGAUAGCUGAUUAGUUUGAGAGAGUUCCUUUCACAUUCUCCCAUUUAAGGGUUGCGUGGUGAAACCCAGCUCAAAUAGAGUGAGCACACCACUCCGCAGAUGGGCAGCGCGGGAUUGUUGCACGAAUUUGGUCCUGAUACCCUCUGAGCACCCUUAGGAAGCACCCUCAUUUCAGAUGACAGGUAGGGGAACUCGCUACAGAUCACAUUCCACCUUUGGAACAAUUCACCACGGGCCAAGUAUUUUCCAAACUCACGAUGAAAGACCCUUCUCUCAGUGAAAUGUCGGAAAACGAGACCACGCGCUGGGUUCCAGGCAUUCUCGAGGAAUUGGAAGUGGCUGAUUUCGUGUCAGAAAUGUCGAUCUCUUAUAAAUAAAGGGUUUUGCAUACUUGCUUUGUACUUUUCUAAUGCAACAGUAUUCUAUCCCAAAGUGGGAAGCGGAGAAAAACACAAACACCCAUUGCAUGAAAGUCUGGAAACUUUGCUUCAGUUUGAAAACUUAAUUUAUUGAUAAACUACUUCCUUGGCUUAAGUUAACUGAAAAGGGAAUUUGUUGCUGCUAUAAGAACAAUGUUAAUUUAUGGAAUGAUAGUUCAAGAAACUGUAAAACAUUGAAAGAAUAAAUGUAUAUUUGUGCCAAAACGCA